CUUUGCCGUGUUUUCACAAUUUUAAAACUUAAAAAUUAUGAAUAUAUGUUGUGGAUCAAACUUUACUUAAAACCAACAAAGAUUAACAUAUAUCAUUAAUUUAAGGAAAUCAGAGAAUUAUUCAAAGUAUAUACGCUGUGCUAAAAGUUUUGUGAAAAUAUUGGACAAUAUUUUAAUAAAUGAUGAGAAUUUCUUUUAAACUUGUAAAUUAACACAUCUUUAAGAAAUGUUUAAGAAAAUCUAAAAGCGAUUAAGAAAUCCAUCUAAGAAAUCUAAUAUAAUUAAAACAAAAAUGUGUCUCUAAAUUACCGAUAAUUUUUUGGAAAAGUUUUACCAAUUUUUUCGCUUCAUUCCUUCUUCAUGAAAACUAUAGCGAAAGUCUCCAUAACUCUCCAAAGCACAAAUGAAAUAAAAGUUGAUGGCGUGACAUUGAAAAUAUGCUCAACAGUAUAAAGAAGAACAUUUAAUGAAGAAACAAGUUGGUUUUAUCAGACUAUUCGUGGUCAGGCAAAUAAAUUUGAAAUUUUUUCACUAUUCUGCGCUAGUUGUAAGGCGUACAAAAUGUAUGCAGAUAUUUGCAACGACCACAGGGAUUUGAGAGUAUCCACGUGUUUAACCUAUAGGUCCCGAAUUCGAGCUGUUUGAAUAUAAUUUAGUACGCUGGCAUUAUUGGGCCAAGGACAAAAACGGGCUCGAUCGGAUCAUACUUACGACCACUGCUGAAUGAGGCUCCAUAUUUACAAGUUGUCAAAUUAAAAUUUGAAAUUUUUACCAAUUCUCAAUAUUUGCAAUGAAAUAGUUAGAAUAGUUGGGUCUUUACAAGUCUCCAUAAGACAAGUUUAACAAGUUUAAGUAUUAUGGUGGAAAUUGUGCCAAAAUAGCUACUUGGUAGAAGCAUAUCAUGGUAAGUUUUGAGUACAUAAUUUUUUUUGUACAAGUCACUUUCGAUGUACGCGAAAUUUUAAUGACAAAAAUGAAUAAAUAGUAAAAUCUCUAACAAACAAAAAAUUAAAAAAAAAAACAGAAAUUUAAUUGUACAUGGAUGACGUUGAUGCAAGGAAAAAUUUCCGUAGAAAGCACACGGUAAAAAAGCAUAGCUUUUGGCAUUUUAUGACGAAAAUAUAACGGUGACACUACGGAGUUUUCACUAAUAAAAACCAUAUUUUCAAUAAGGCUCUGAUCAGCAUAAUCCAUAUUAAUUUUGCUAUUUGAUACCUAACCAGCUUAAAGACGAAGCAUUUUCGUAGGAGGACAGAAAAUUUUCAGACAUUUGCAUGUGUUUGUAAUGUUACGUAAUAUUUCGGAUCAAGGUUAGCGUAAUUCUAAGUGAUAAAAAAAUUUCUCACGUGAGUUUUCUGUGUCUUGGACCGCAGUACAAAGGGUCAAAGAGAGGACAAGCCAAAGAGGGCAAGAAUAAAGAGAAAAUGCGGAAUUUUCACUCUUCAAUCAAACGAACAUCAAAUAGCUAUCUUUAUAACGAUUUAUAACGAAUGUGCAUUUUCUCAGCUUUGUGUGAUAAUAAUUAUUUCCGCAAAUUCAAAUCAUCUGCUUUUUGCAAAUAUUAAGUACAAUAUCAUAUCAACAAACAUUUCAGUGAACGAUGAGUGAGGAAGCAAAAGACAUAAGAAAGUAAUUAAAAAAAAAAAAAGAAAAAAUACAAGAAUUGUAAGCUUGUUGUAAAAAUUAACCAGUCCUGCAGACAGUUUUACUCAAGUUUUUUGUUGCUUACUCUGUGGUUAAGUUAUUAUUUUCGUGUGACGGUAUUCGGCCAUUUGUGGCCGAUAUAAACGACCUUCAAAACGUUUUGUGUCGAAGCAAUACGUACUAUGGGCUGCGCACAGUCUGCCGAGGAAAGGGCUGCAGCCGCCAGAAGUCGUUUAAUUGAACGCAAUCUGAAAGAAGAUGGUAUACAGGCUGCUAAAGACAUUAAACUUCUUCUUCUGGGUGCUGGUGAAUCGGGUAAAAGUACAAUUGUUAAACAAAUGAAAAUCAUUCACGAGAGCGGGUUUACUCCUGAAGAUUUUAAACAAUAUCGACCAGUUGUUUACAGCAACACAAUACAAUCAUUAGUUGCAAUACUUAGAGCAAUGCCAAAUCUUAGUAUUCAGUUCAGCAAUAAUGAACGAGAGAGCGAUGCAAAAAUGGUAUUUGACGUGUGUCAACGUAUGCACGACACUGAACCCUUCUCAGAGGAAUUAUUGGCUGCCAUGAAACGUUUAUGGCAAGAUGGUGGUGUUCAAGAAUGCUUCUCACGUAGCAACGAAUAUCAACUAAAUGAUUCCGCCAAAUAUUUUCUGGAUGACUUGGAUCGAUUAGGCGCUAAAGAUUACCAACCAACAGAACAAGAUAUAUUACGCACUCGUGUCAAAACUACCGGUAUUGUUGAAGUGCACUUUUCCUUUAAAAAUUUGAAUUUCAAACUUUUUGAUGUUGGGGGGCAACGAUCCGAACGAAAGAAAUGGAUCCACUGCUUCGAAGAUGUUACAGCGAUCAUAUUUUGCGUCGCUAUGUCCGAAUACGAUCAAGUUUUGCAUGAGGAUGAAACCACAAAUCGAAUGCAAGAAUCGUUAAAAUUAUUUGAUUCGAUUUGCAACAAUAAAUGGUUUACGGAUACUUCAAUUAUAUUAUUCUUAAAUAAAAAGGAUUUGUUUGAGGAGAAAAUACGCAAGAGCCCUUUAACUAUUUGUUUCCCAGAGUAUACAGGAGGUCAAGAGUAUGGUGAAGCUGCGGCUUACAUCCAAGCCCAAUUUGAAGCGAAAAACAAGUCAACCUCAAAAGAAAUUUACUGCCACAUGACGUGCGCUACAGACACUAAUAAUAUACAAUUCGUAUUUGAUGCCGUUACCGAUGUGAUUAUUGCUAAUAACCUCAGAGGAUGCGGUCUUUAUUAAAUUGUUUUUAUCAUUGGAAAGAACAAAGCUAAAAACAGAGCAGGCAAAAAUUUAAUAUAAAUAUUAAAAAUUUUUUUAAUAGCAGCCAUAGUGCAGUAGCAACAACAAUUACCAGUAUUGAACAUAACAGAAGCAGUCA